GGGAGAGGCAAAACGCGCCGAGAGAGAAGGUGAGAGAAGCUGGUUGUCAUGUACACCCAGCGCUCUGAGUAGUAGUUUUCGCGGCUUUGGCCACGUCUGGCUGAGGUGAUUUUCUUUCGUCCACGCUCGAGAGGCUCAGCAUGGAAGAGGAGGAUAGCUACGACACGUUCGACCCCAUCGGCCCGCUGAGGGACCACCACCCACCCCCCUUAUACACCCCUCCCACCCUCGAACCGCCCCUCUUCCCUCCCACUGAUGCGUUCGGUCAGGUUCCCGCACCGGCGGCCUUCAUCCCAGCUCCCUAUGCGGCCUACGCGGCUCCACAGUCACCCCUGCCGAAGUCGACUGCAUCCACAACCGACGGGUCGUCACCCACACAGUCUUACUGCUCGGCGCCGUUCCCUCCCAUCCCUGAGCAGUCUGCUCAUGUGAUGGGGUACCCGGUUGGCGGUGCUGGCGGUGGUGGCGCUGUGUCGGCGUCGGCGCCCGUGUCUGCGUCGUGUGCGUCUGGAGCGAGGAAGGGAGGAGGAGGCUGUGGUGGUGGUGGUGGGGGACAGAAGCGCAAGGCUGAUGGUCCGGUGGACUGUUCGCAUCUGGACAAGAAGGAACAGCAGCGGCUUAGGAACAGGAUAUCUGCGCAGCAGAGCCGGGACCGCAAGAAGAAGGAGUUUGAGGGGCUCAGCCUACAGGUGGAUACGCUCACAACCGAGAACGCCGACCUUAGGAGGUGGGCGACCGACCACACACGACGCCAUGCCACCCUCCCACGCUGUCUGUGUCGGCACUCCGUCUCUCUCUCUGUUUCCCCCAUUGCAACACACAGAGAGAACGUGGCCCUCCGUGCCGAGAACACCGCCAUCGCCGCGCAUCGCGACCAGCUGGUCAGCGAGAACAACACCUUGCGCUCGCGGCUUAGCCAUUGGGAGGCGCAGUACACCGACCUCCCCCCGCCCCCGUCCCUACCCCCACUCACCCCACAAGGCAUCGACGAGGACAUGCCGGUGUGUGGCGGGCCGCCGAGCCUCGACAGCCCAUCGGACGGGCCGUCGGACAGCGCGUCACUGUGGGACGGGUGGUGGGGCAGCACCAGUACUGGUGGGUCGCCGUCGAGCGACCGGUCGUCGGCGAGUGGUGCGCGGUUCUAUGGGUGGAUUGGGGUGCUGGGAGUGCUCAUUUUUGGGAUCUGCUUGGUGUCGCUCACUGGAGUGCUCACGGUACGGUGAGGCCACAGCACAGAGGGGAGGGAGGGAGGGAUGGCCGAGGGGAGAGAGGGUCUCUCUCUGAGACUUAACUGUGUGUGGACUGGGCGUUUGUGUGCGCAGCCUAUGGGCCCUUCGUAUUCGUUCACGAGUGCGCCGAUGACGCGCUACACGCCGGGCAGGCUGCCGUGGUCCAACAACGGCCGCGUGCUCAUGUCCCUGCCUGAGCCACCGAACCAGAAGGAACUCAUCGUAUACGUAAGCUGACUGACCAAUCACACCCACACACGUCCCUUUCAUCUAUCUCAUUGUUGGUGUUGCGUUGCAGAACCCGGAUGGCCACGCCGUCCAGCUGUGGCAGCAGACAGGUGCGGCAAAGGGCGACCCAGCCGUCAAUGUCAUCGGUGGGGCCUCGGGUGGUGGUGGUCCGGUCCACGACACACGCGAGGAGGCCGAGGAGCUGGUGCGACGGCUGAUGCUUGAGUCGCAGGCGGGGGAGGGCGCCGGGGAGCAGGAACAAGGGGACGGCCACGACGAACCCAGCCACAUGCCAUACAGGUCAGGCAGGCGGACAGAGAGACAGGGAGGCAGGCAGGCAGGCAGGCAGGACAGAUCCACGGACUCGCGGGAAUGCCAUUGGCAAAAUGGUGCUUGUGUUGUGUUGUGUUUCACCGGGUGCAGGCUUGUGUGCGUCAACCCGCACUUCGUCAUCGGCGACCACAACCUGCACGCCCUCCUCACCGACGGCGGCAAGCCAGCCGCCCCGCCCGCACUCCCCACACCCGCAGCCCCCUCACCACCCACACACACAUCCACAUCCACACAGCAAGAGCCAACAGUCGAGGACACCGAAACCACCGAGACCACCACACACACAGCCGCCAACACCACCCACCCCCUCCGUCUCCGGGGCACCAACGCCACCAGAGAUCAUGAGACCAUGCUCGACAUGCUGGCGCAAAACUCCGUUCUCAAGCACCUCGUCCCCAACAGCAGCAACAUCAAGAACAAGGAGGGGGCUUCGCUGACGAGCAGCAAGCAGUGCGGUCCGCAGCCGCGCGAGAGGGGCAACGACACGAGGGGGCGCGAUAGGGUGGUCGUGGUGGCCAAUGGGGACGGGUCGGAUCCUUCCAACACGGUGCAGGUCUACGGGGCGCCCAGGAAGCGGACGCACAGCGGUCCCGUCAACUUCAUCGUCACGUUCCCUGGUGACGUGCUGACGUCGGCGGGGCUGCGUCACGUGGACGAGCGGGGCAACGUGGCCAUGCUAGCGCCGAUGGAGCCCAUGCAUCUGGCGUGCAGCUACCUGGUCAAGCAGAAUGGCGACUGAGGGAGGGAGAAAGGGAGGGAGGGUGGCAAGUCUGCAUGUGGGCUGGAUUGGAUGUUUGCUGAAUGUUUUAACUGUGCGGCCGGGCCGGGCUGUGUUGGUUUCGGUUUUGGCGGGAUGGGGGGAGGGAUGGGUGCGAGUGGCUGGAUGCGAUGCCGUGUAUUGUAAUUACUUUUUCCGUCCAUUGCAUUGCCCGAGUGUCCGUGUCGUGUGCGUAAAUGCACAUCUCACACAUGGAGAGGGUCCCUUCCGCGCCCUCCAUGGCGGGCGAACCACACCUCCCUCCCUCCCUGCCUGCCGGUCAGUCAGUCGGUCGAUGAGAUGCCCACGCCGAUUUUUGAGUGCCCACCCGCCUGGCUCCCUGUCUGCCUGUGGAAUGCCUGAUGGAUGGAUGGAUUGCCGCACAUACGAAGGUAUAGUGUGGCGAGAAAGACACACACGUAGACGACACUGCCUCAGGGAGAGGCGUAGCUGUCUGUAGGUUAGGAUGA